AUGAGGAUUUUGAGACUACUGUUUGUUUUCUCUAUGAAAUGUUUUGUUUUCUCACUUGUCAUGAAUCCUUAUCUAAUAACUCUCUCAACUGCUGCUGCUACUAGCUUUGAUGGAAACAAGACGGAUCAUCUUGCCUUGUUAGCUUUCAAGGCAAAGAUUACGUAUGACCCUCAAAGUGCUUUUCGAUCUUGGAAUGAUUCCAUACAUUUCUGCAACUGGGAAGGUGUCACAUGUGGUCGCAAACACAGAAGAGUCACCAUUCUUGAUUUUCAAUCUAUAGGUUUGGUGGGUUCUCUAUCUCCUUCCAUAGGAAACAUGAGUUUCCUUAGAGAGCUCAGACUACAAAACAACUCUCUCCAUGGUGAAAUCUCACCGGAACUUGGCCGUCUGUUCAGGCUACAAUUUUUACAUCUGGGCAACAACUCCUUUACCGGCCAAAUACCAACCAAUUUGUCCCGCUGCUCAAACUUGCAGAUCCUUCGUGUCUCAUACAACAAGCUAGAAGGAAACAUUCCAAUGGAGCUUGGCUCUUUGUCCAAGCUCAGGAUAUUCUCCAUGCAGAAUAAUUAUUUGAGUGGAAAUAUACCACCUUCCAUUGGCAACCUUACAUCUCUGGAAGCCUUAUCUGCUCGUGAAAAUUUCUUGAGUGGAACUAUUCCAGAAUCUCUAGGGCAACUAAAGAACUUGUUAAUGCUUGCAGUUGCUACGAAUAAACUCUCAGGUAUCAUUCCUCCAGCCAUAUAUAAUAUUUCAUCCAUCAAUAUAAUUUCUGUGAGUGAAAAUCAACUUCAUGGAUGUCUUCCAUCAAAUCUUGGCUUCAUGUUACCUCAUCUUCAGCACUUUCAAAUAUGGGGCAACCAGUUUAGUGGAUCAAUUCCAGUGUCAUUAUCCAAUGCUUCAGAACUUGAAUACAUAGACUUACAAAGAAAUAAUUUCACUGGAAAAGUAGCUGUUCAUUUUGGAGCCUUAAGGAGACUUUAUUUUUUAUCUCUUUAUGGAAAUAGCCUUGGAAGUGAGGGAGGUGAUGAUUUGAGUUUUAUCACUUCUUUGCUAAACUGCAGCAAUUUGGCUAUGCUUGAUAUAUCCAGAAAUCAACUCGAGGGAGCGUUGCCCAAUUCUCUGGCCAAUCUUUCAUCACUGCAACGGCUGUCCAUUGGCAAAAAUCGAAUAUAUGGAGGCAUCCCUCCAUGGUUUUCAACUCUUGAUAACUUAUUGGUGAUGGGUAUAGAAGAUACUCAAUUAACAGGCACUAUUCCUAUGGAAUUUGGUAAGCUUCAAAAUCUGCAACAAAUGUUUCUUGGCCACAAUAGAUUAUCCGGAGAGAUUCCUUCAUCCUUGGGAAAUUUAUCGUCGUUGACUUUACUUCAUUUGCAGGCUAAUAAAUUACAAGGGACAAUUCCUUCUAGCCUUGGAAAUUGCCAAAACUUGCUAUUCAUUGACCUUUCUCAAAACAAUCUCAAUGGCUCCAUACCCAGCCAACUUUUUUCUGUCCCUAUGCUAGUUUCAAUAGAUUUUUCUCAAAAUCAUUUGGUUGGAUCCCUCCCUUCACAAAUUGGCUACCUAACCCAUUUGAAUGAAUUGGUUAUUUUCCAAAACAACUUGUCUGGCUGCAUUCCAUUUAACCUUGGAAAGUGCAGUAGCCUUGAAUAUCUUGUCAUGGGUGACAACAAAUUUCAAUGUACUAUACCCACAUCGUUUGAAUCCUUAAGAGGACUUAGACGUUUAGAUUUGUCUAUGAACAAUUUAUCUGGCAAAAUGCCAGACUACUUCGUGAACUUUAAGCUAGAAUAUCUGAAUCUGUCUUUCAAUAACUUGGAGGGUGAGGUUCCUAGCAAAGGUGUCUUUGCAAAUGCAAGUGUCAUAUCAAUUGAAGGUAACAACAGGCUUUGUGGGGGCACAUCAGAACUCAAACUGCCAAGAUGCAUGAGUCAUGUAUCAAAGAGAAGCAAGUUACAUCUGGUUGAAAUAGUUGUAAUAAUAAUAUCAUGUGUUUUCAUGGUGGCCAUCAUGUCAGCUUGCUUAUGUUGUUGGUUAAGACAUGAGAAAAAAGAGGAAUCUCCUUGUCCCUCCAUUGACAAUUCAUUGCAGCAAUUUUCAUAUGGAAGAAUUUUCAAGGCAACUAAUGGGUUCUCUUCUGAGAAUUUGAUUGGUGCGGGAAACUUUGGCUCGGUCUACAAAGGCCAUCUUGAUGAGGAUGAAGCAAUUGUUGCAAUAAAAGUACUCAACCUUCAACAACCAGGAGCUUCAAAGAGUUUCAUGGCUGAGUGUGAAACCUUGAAAAACAUUCGUCACCGUAAUCUUUUGAAGAUCAUCACUUCCUGUUCAAGUAUUGAUUUUCAAGGAAAUGAAUUCAAAGCACUUAUCUAUGAAUACAUGCCAAAUGGGAACCUAGAGAAGUGGUUGCAUCCAACUUCAAACAUAGAUGCUAUGACAAUUGAUGAUCAUUGCAGUCUAAGCCUUCUCCAAAGAAUAGAUAUUCUCAUAGAUGUUGGAAAUGCAUUAGAUUAUCUCCACUUUCACUGCCAAAAACCGAUUAUCCAUUGUGAUCUAAAACCGAGCAAUGUUCUUCUUGAUGAUGACAUGGUUGCUCAUGUUGGCGAUUUUGGACUCGCAAAGUUUCUUCAUCAACCACCUCACAGCAGCUCACUGGUAGUGAGAGGAACAAUAGGCUAUACAGCUCCAGAAUAUGGUCUAGCAAAUGAAAUGUCAGCAAAUGGAGAUAUCUAUAGUUUUGGGAUUAUAUUGCUGGAGAUGAUGACAAGAAAGAAGCCAACAAAUGUCAAUUUUGGGGAAGGUGAUGGUCUUCAUAACUUGUGCAAAAUGGCAUUUCCUGAUCAAGUGUUGGAGAUUGUAGACCCAAUUCUUCUACAAGGAGAUGAAGCAAGAGAAAAUGAUAAGCAAGGUUCAAUCCAGACAAGAAUUGAUAACAAAAGUGAAUGUCUAAUCUCCAUGAUGAAGAUUGGAAUAGCAUGCUCCAUGGAAGCUCCUCAAGAUAGAAUGGGCAUAAGUGAUGCACUCAAGAACUUGUAUUUGAUCAGAAAGAAUUGCACUCAAACUACAAUGCUCAACUGA